AUGGAAGGAAGAAAAUCUGUAUUGCCUCAGAUUUUUAAUCAAGGCCCAAAAGUCAUAGCAGCUCACAUUUGUAUUUUAUCAGCUGAGUUUUCUAAUGCAGAAGUGAAAGCAGAUAUGUUUGGGAUUCCUGGAACUAAAUCCCUGGGGCCUGAUGGUUUCAGUAGUUUUUUCUUCCAAGAUAACUGGGAGGUGGUUGGAAGUUUAGUAUGUGAAGUUGCUCAAUCCUUUUUGCAUACUGGAAGGACUCCCAGGUUUAGUCUCAUGUUUAAUGCAUCUUUACAUGGAUUUUUUGCAACAAAAAGGGGACUACGACAGGGGGAUCCAUUAUCUCCUCUUCUGUUUGUACUAGGGAUGGAAUAUUUAUCCCGAAUAAUUCAAAAGAUUGGAAAGAUAGAAGGCUUUAAAUUUCAUGAAAGAUGUGGAUCUAUUCAACUAAAUCAUCUCUGCUUUGCAGAUAAUGUCUUAUUGUUCUGUCAUGGGGAUUUUAAAUCGGUCCAUCUUAUGCUAAAAGGAUUGAAAUUAUUUUCCCAAACAACUGGACUUCAGCCAAAUGCAUUGAAAUCUGCUCUGUAUUGCAGCAACAUGGAUGAAUCAGAGGUUCAAAGGAUAAUAGUUUCUUCUGGUUUUCAAAGGCAACAAUUACCUUUUCAGUACUUGGGGAUUCCUAUAUGUGCACAGAGACUUCUAGCAACUGAAUGUGCAAUUUUAGUGGACAAAAUGGUUCAGCGGAUCAAAGUAUGGAGCACCAAAAAUCUUUCUUAUGCGGGAAUAUCAGUUUUAGUUAAUGCAGAAAUUUUAUGGAAAGGUAUGGCUGAUUCUAACACUUCAGGACAUGUUUCUUGGGAGGAUCUCUGUGAAACUAAGGCUGAAGGAGGCUUGGGUUUUAGGAGGAUCAAAGAGUGGAAUAUAGCAGCUAUUGGUAAAUAUGUCUGGGCAGUGGCCUCGAAAGAAGACUCUUUAUGGGUGAGAUGGGUACAUGCUGUCUAUAUUAGAAAGAUUGAAUGGUGGGACUACAAAGCACCAAGUGACAGCAGCUGGUACUGGAAACAGAUAGUGAAAGUCAAGGAGAAUUACAAGAAUCUGAGUAUGGCACAAAUUUAUCCUACUGGGGUUUACAAGAUUGCAAAGGGAUACAAAGCUUUAGUUAUACAAUAUCAAAAGGUCUCUUGGUAUAGGGAAGUAUGGAAUAGAGCCAUCGUACCAAGGUAUAGAUUCAUUUUAUGGCUGGCUUUAUUAGACAGAUUGCAAUUGAAGGAUAGAUUAUUCAGAUUCAACAUAGCUAGUGAUAAUCAAUUUUAUACUAAUACCUAUUUUGGAUUGAUUGGUUUUAAGGCUUUAUGGGUUUUGGAAUGGCUAGAGGCUUUGAAGUAUUUUGAGAUUAGCUGGUGGAAUUGUGCUUUUGAGAUUGCUUAUGUUGAGUGUGUUAUUUGGGUCACCAUAUUUUUGUCUUCUGAUUUAUUUUUAGGCAAUCUUUUGUGA